UACUAACACAGAUCCAUGAGUCACUAGCCACCUUGAGAGGAAAAAGCCAAGGGAGGAGAGCAAGGUACUUUGUAACUUGAAGGAUAUUUGUCGACAGUUAUUUCCUUAUAAACUGAUGGAAAACCCAUACUGCUUCUCUGUGCUUGGUACGCGGUGGAAGACGAGACCAGCCCCCCUGCCCAGGUGGUAGAAGAGUUAAGCUUACAGAUUCUUUAUUGAUUCAAAUGGAGAAGCAGAAAUACUAAACUGGAAACGCGUCACUACCAAGCAGACCAAUCUCAGCUCUUGUGCUCUGCAUCGCCGCAGUUGUUACAUUUCUGGGGAGGUGUACGUCACCUAUGGAACUAGACGGGUCUGCAAAGGUGCCUGUGUUAACGCCCCUGUGUCAAUUAAACCAUAUUGUCAACUGGAUUAAUUCAGUGUGGCAGUGGGAGAAUACAAACGCUAUGAUGUAUAGUUAAAGACCUUCGAGCAGACUGACACUAGCAAAAAGUGAUAAUAUGCAAUCAAUCAAGCAAGAAUUGGACUCCAGUGAGUCCUACAAUGGAGAGGAUGCCCUGGUCCUGGCGGUGGCCUUACAAGGAGCUAACAGAGACUUGAUAGGCCACAAAAUCUCUUCAAUUCCCUUCAAGGCUAAAUCCGCUUGUCGGAGGAAAAGGGAGUUUAUCCCAGAAGAGAAGAAAGACACCAUCUACUGGGAGAGGCGUCGUAAAAACAAUGAGGCAGCCAAGCGCUCCAGGGAGAAGAGACGCAUAAACGACAUGGUGCUUGAGAACAAGCUGAUGGCCCUUGGGGAGGAGAAUGCUUCCCUCAAGGCUGAGCUGCUGUCGCUGAAGCUGAAGUUUGGCCUGGUGAGCUCGGCAGCAUAUGCCCAAGAAGUCCAGAAGUUAUCCAGCCCCGCCACGGUCAACCUCUACCAGGAGUUAGUUCCGCCCAGUACUAGCCAAGGCUCGGUCAGUCGAGAUCUGGAGCCUCUUCACAUGCGCAGCAGCUGCAUAUCAGUCAUCAAACAUUCACCUCACAUGCCUGAGACAUGUACUGCAACUCAGGGUAGCCUUACUGUCUGCAGAACAGCAGAGGUUAAGCAAGAGCCAGCAGAGCAUGGCAGCUAUGCACAGGGGCGGAGUAGUCCGUAUGAGUUAUAUAAACACUGCAUGGCCAGCCCUUUGUCUGGAGCCUACUCUCAGCCUGCCUCAUUCAUGCAGAUUAACAGGUCAUCCAGUAACUCACCCAGGAGCUCAGAGGAUGGUGCUGUAAGCAAAUCAUCAGAUGGUGAGGACGAGCAGCAGGUCCCCAAAGGUUUGACGCCAUCUGUAGCUGACCCAAGAAGUGUCAUUGUUUCCACACACAAAGUGCCGGAUGCCAGUUCUUCAGCUUUGCCCCAUAAACUGAGGAUUAAAUCCAGAACCAUCCAUAUCAAAGUUGAGGCCAUUGACCCUGAGUAUGAGUCCUCUGGAAAGUCUUCAUCUCCUGUGAGUGUUUCAGAGGGAGAGUGCUACCCGACCACUCAGGACUCUUCAGAGUACAUGCAAUCCUCCCGCUGUCCUUGGUCCGUACAGGUCGCCAACAUGCAAGACUGGUCCCAGCGUCCUGAGCACUGGCAUAAAAGCAGCAGCACAGGGACACUGCAGGGUGGCUUUGAGAGUAGCAAGCAACCCCCAAGCCCUGUCUCAAACAAAUCCAGUGGGGAUGUAAAAGAAACUUCCUAUGCACACUCAGAAGCUGAGGCUCUGUAUCUCAAACAGGGUCUUGCCACACUGUCUGCAAAAGUGGCCUCUUUGAAAAGACUGAUCACAACAGAGCAAGGAUCUGUGAUCGAAUCAACCAAAAGCACAGCUGAUCAUCAUGAGUCAUUAUCGAAAGGAUGUUCGUCUGAAUGACCCUCGUAUGUUUUGCAUUUCGCCAUAACAGCUGUUGCACUGUGUUGUUCACAUUCAAGUUAAGCAGUGUUUUAAUUUGGUAAAAAAUCAUCUAAAAGGUGUUUAAAUAAUGCCAAGAGCCUCAAACAGCCUUUGUGAUCCAAACAAGGGCUGUUUGCUAGUCAGAUUACUGUAUUGUACGGCAAUAGUACUGUACUGUAAUAGUUCACAUGAUAAAUUCUAUAUGAUGUACAAUACCGCCGCACUUGUUCCAACAACAGUUACAUCAUACCCACCACUGGGCUCCUCAAUUCCUUGUCUCUAACACAAAUAUUGUUUCCAUUGUCAGUUCCAGACCCUGAUACUUAAAGAUUUUUCAACCUCUGUUAAUUUACCAAGUGUAGCACUUCACGCAGUUUUUAUCUUACUGUAAAAAUCUAUCAGGAAUAGGUGGGGUUAUUUUCUUUAAAGAAGCAGGAAAGCUUUCGAUGUAAAAAUCCAGGAAGGAGGUGUUUCAUUGACAGUACUCUAUCAGGGAUUAAGACUGGAAUCAAAUGGCUAACGAAUUUCAAAAAGCAGCAGAUUGGAGAUGAUGACGUGACUCAAAGACUGAUCAAGUUAAGCGCUAAAAUGUACAUGAUAUUGAAUGUAUUCAGUUUGAUGCUUUGCAGAUAAACAUGACUGAGAUGUUGUUAUUAAGAGUAAAUUAAAACGGGGGCAGAUCAGACAUAUAAAGGUUUCAAAUAAACACCCCGAUCUCUCUGCAGCAUAAGUAGCCUACAUAUCUGCAAGAAUUUACCAUCAGUCUUUGUGUGACAAACUCCACAUAUGUGUAGAACACGGUUAUGUGUGACACUUUUUUUUUCUUUUACCAAAUGACUGCUGUCAUGGGGUCUGCCUGUCAGUAGCCACCUGUCAUUUUGCUUUUAUUGUGUUUUUUUAAAAAAAAGGCCCCAGGUCCUUAGAUCAUUACUUCAUUACUAUCAUUACUUAAUGUGACAGACAGACCAUUGUUUGCCUUAAAGUUUCAAUUCCUAACGUUUUUAAAUAAUAUGCUGUUGUCAUGUCCUUUUAUGUGUAUGCGUGGUGACAGAUUUACGCAAGUUGGAAACACAGUUUGUAUUCUUCUCUUUUAGAGGAAUAAUGUGCUCUGUUUUAAGGAUUUGUAAUUUCAAAAUAAUUUCCCAGCGAUUUUCAUGACAUUUACUGGAAAUUCAGUUUGAUACAUACUGUAUGAAAGGGAGAUGCUUGAUGUUCGAUGACAGAUUAAUUCAUUCAAAUUCCAUAUCAAUGCAACCUAUAGACUAUUUAGUAAGAUCACAGAAGGCCAGCUGAACAGGCAAACCAACACAUGUGAGUUAACAUUGAAUUACAUACAGUAGUUCAAAGAUAAAGAAAAAUCUCAGUUUGCAUCACAGCUUUUACCUUGCCAUCGGAUAGCCACUGUGUGUGGAUAGUGCCUCACGCAACCCCACUUCAGAGACACUGUCCCUUUAAAUUGACCUUUUCUGUAGAGUACAUUCCCGUCUUCUGUAUUCUGAGUUUCAAAUUAGUUCUUUUCAGGAAACCUUGCAGGAGUUUAUAAUGGUGUUUCAGACCCAUAAAAUACAGCAUUUGUGUUUUCCCAUGUUCUGAUUAAUGUUAAUGCAGCUGACCGCCAUCACUUCAAUAAACAGUAGUACUGCAGAAGCAACUUCAAAGACAUCACAGUACACGCUUCAUUGCCUCUGGUGUAGGUUAAAAAAAAUAAUAAUAAAAAAAAGCAGGUAGAUGCUUUGCCUCUGACUUUAGUGUAACUUUUAAAUAGGCUCCGCUACAUUCACUGGUUCACUGUUUGCCAAAUAGCCUUUGCUUCUCGUUUUGUUUUUUUGUUUUUUGUUGUUUUUUUAUGUUUUAUGUUUUAGUAGUUUUACUGAUUACUUAAACCUUCAAGGCCGCUGGUUAAACCAAUAAUAUGUGACUGCGUGGUGACUACAACUGGAUUUUAGAAAGCUUCAACAAAACAUUUGCUUUACUAAGAAGUCACUGUACUCUUACAAUUCAUGGUAUUUCAUCAUGUUAUUAAAUGUCAUGGAAUUCAGACCUGUCAGCUGUUAUCAAAUAGUUUAUUUAUUAAUUUCUUGGAGCCAUUUUGGGAUGAUAAUGUCAAACUACAUGAUUUUAUUUGUAACAGUUGAAAAAGUUAAUUUAAAUCAACAGUUGUUGAUAUGAUGUCAAAUAUAUAUUUUUUUUUUCAGAUGAAUAGUGUACAUUUUCUGGUCACAUUUGGAAAUAUACCAGUGAUGGUUAUCUUUUUGUCUCUUUGCCCAGCAGCCUCAAGAUUUAUUGUAAUGGUGUGUUUUUGUUUACAAUAAAUGUCCUGUCACUGAUGA